CUGCAGGCGUACUGCGGCAGCGGCAGAGCGGGAUGACGUGAUAGAAGGUAAGAUUACAGACGGACACAAAUACACAUGUGAGCCGGGCGGACUCAAAAAAGUAGACAGGCUGAUCCAGACUCACGCAGGCUGGAGGCAGACUGCUUUGUCUGCUGACAUGUGGAGAGGGUGAGUGAAGCUUUGUGAGAAUUAACAUUUUUUAUUUGUGUUUUUAGUUAUUUUCAAAGAUUAUCAUUUCUUCAGUUACCAGAAGCAAUCAGUGAAAGCAGAGACAAUUACAAGCUGCAGGCUUGUUUAGUUAAGUGAAAAGAGAUUAUGGGAAGAAAAUCGAGUAAAGCAGAUGAGUUGGGAUGACAUGAACAGUCUGAGCCAGCAUUACACGGGGCGUAGGGCUUAAACCAGUGUCUUUACAGUGGUAUGUGUUGGAUGCAGCCUGAGAUGUUGAUGGCAUUCCUGUUUUGUUCUGCCUUGUUUAGUUUGUGGGAGCAUGUAGUUUUAUGAUGUGCCGAUAUUCUCCUGAGUGAAAGUGGAGCCAACAUGUGCUCCAAACAGACGUCUUUAAUUCUCAUGACAAUGAGUCCCACUCUGUUUAACUGCUCUGCAUUUUCAAAGCCUUCAUUUAAGUGCUUGCAGAAUUCUUUACAUUUCAUCAAAACAACAACAGUUCAAGGUUUCAGACGGGUUAAACUAAACACUUGCUUGGAGUCUGACAGAAUAUGUGUCAUUGUGGGUCAGUUUGGACCCAGUACAUCUUCAUUUGGGUCACUGACUCAUGAUUCCAUAAACAGACUUCUAAAGUCUGUGUCAAACAGCUCUUUUUCUGCCAGCAGAUGAGAACACUGAUUUUUUAGCAAUGACAGUGACUUUGAAAGUGAGUCACCACCUUACGUUUGCCCCUGAUUGGCUGGCUUUGUCGUUUCUGUUGGUCACAGCUUCCUGUCUUGGAGGAAUGGAGAGGGUUGGUGAACCAAUUGCAAAGCAGCAGUGAGGAUGCAACUGUGAUCCAGGAAAAAACAGCCCAUUGUUCCUGGGACGUUGGAGAAGUGUGACCCACCUCCUGCCGGCUCUCGCCUCUGCUUGGAACCAGAGGCAAAUCUGAAGAACUGGACUCCCCAUUGAUACGUCAGAAUGAGUGGGGGAGUCAAUGUGAAGUCAGCCCCCCUUGGAUCUUCCUCCUCAGGAAUUCCUGUCCCCCUCAGCCUGCUGCCCAGUUCUCCAAAAGCAGCUCCCCGCCUCUGGGCCCAUGACCACCCCAGACCCUCUACACGAACCCUUAAACACACACCCACACACACACCCACUCAUUCUCCUUUACUUCAUCCACGGAGCAUUCCUGGGCCUUCCUCUAGGGAAAACCUGAGAGAUGCUGCACAAAGAAAUCAGCUCUUCCAGCGAACAGGAGCGGGAAGAGUCCCUCAGGUAUCACGUUCUGAGUACAGCAGCCCGCUGACCCGCCGCCGAGAACCCCCACCGCCACAUUCUAAGGACACACUGGACCUUGGAAAACCUUCUGCAUCUCACAUUCACUCACAAUUUGAUGGAAAUUGUAACAGAAACACCAUCGCUAAUAACAACCAAGCAUGGGGAGCUAGCAAUCUGCGUCCAAAUCUCCAUUUCAGGAGGGAAGGGGACUCCAACAACACAGUCCAUGAAGUGAGUCAAGUCACCCCAACCAGAGUUUCUCCUCCAGAAAACCUUCUACUCGCAACCAGUAUGGUGAACAAUGGAAACGUUUGCCCCAGUGCUGCUCCACUGGGGCGAAAACACAAUAUCAAAGGUCGCAGUGGCUCCACCAGCCAAUCAGAUGAGGAGAUGGGGACUCCUGAGGACAGCAGUACAGUCUCUUCUCCUGAUCCUCUCAAUAAAUUCACCAUGCCUGCUUUACCUACAGCUGAUGCACAGAAUCCCAUACCCAGAGUCAACAUGGCUACUGUGGCUCCCUUCAGCUACAGGCUGCAGAUACAAGAGAGUGAUUUUUCCAUUGAUGAACUGAGUGACUGCUCAUCUGGAUCCAUAGAAGUCUGCUGUGAUGACCUGACAACAGGAGGGAUGCUGGAGGCUAAUGCUGCUAACUUUAGCAUGACAGCUAGACCCAGAGAGUUGGACCUGAGGUCUGCGGGGGUCUCCUAUCAGGAGUCUUCAGCCCAGGUUAUGACCUCCAGGAAACCACAAGCCAAACCGUCCGCUCUGCCCCAGGGGCCUCCACGCCCCUCCGGGUCAGAGCUCAAGGUUUAUCGGCCCACAUCUGGAUCCAUCCCUAUCCCCAUCCCUAACUCGUCUGGACUCCGCAAGCAGCGGUCACUAAACAACUUGUGUGUCCUCACUGAUGCCGAGAAGAAGCUGCACUUGUACCAGUCUCCCCAAUGGAGUGAUGAUACGAGCCAGCCUGGAGCAGGAACAAACAAAGCAGGCCAGACCAAAGCAGGUCAAGCUGGUGGAGGGAGACCACCUCUCUCUCGGACACUUUCUAAGUCAGAACAGUCUCUCUUCCAGGGAAAGCCUAAAUCAUUCGGAUCUCCGGCUCUGACCUCUAAUUUGGGCAAACCAAGUCGAAUCCCUGCUCCUGGUAGACCGCGAGGACCUUAUGCUGAGGUCAAACCCAUCAGCAAGUCCUCUGAGUCCAGCCAGGGUGCACACACAGACCCCGCUGACCCCCCAUUUAAAGCCAACUCCAAUGGAGCUGGAAAUACUGGAACUACUGGCAAGAAAACAGGGGAAAAGGGAAAACUUGGAUCUCAAUUAGCAGAUGAGAAGAAAGAGAAGAAGGUGACUGAGGGACAGGAUGACAAGAGCUUUCUGAAGGUGGACCCAGAAUUAGUUGUCACUGUUUUGGGAGAUCUGGAACAACUGCUCUUCAGCCAGAUGUUGGAUCCUGAGUCACAAAGAAAAAGAACCGUGCAGAACGUUCUGGACCUUCGUCAGAACCUGGAGGAAACCAUGACGAGCCUUAGAGGGGUUCAGCUGAGCCGCAGCUGCGUCGAGGGGACCAUAAACUACGACAGUGAUGAAGCUGCUGCCUUCUCCAUUUCCAGUCUGUCCAAUCGCUCCUCUCCUCUGUCAUGGCGCCAGGGUCAAGCGAGUCCUCGUCUUCAGGCAGGUGAUGCUCCGUCCAUGGGGAAUGCCCCAUCAGAAGUUCCCCUCCAAAUCAGCCACACCUCACGAAUCCGUCUGAUCGAAGACUUGGCGGAGUCAGAUCCGGCUCUCCUGAAGGGAGAUUACCGCAGCGACACUGAUUUGGGAGGAAAGAACCCAAAUGGUGAAUAUGAAGAUGAUGAGGAGGACGAUGAUGAUAUAGAUGACCUAGGAAAUGGUUGGGAUGAGAGCAGCUCCAUCAGCAGUGGGCUGAGUGACGGUUCAGACAACCUGAGCUCUGAGGAGUUCAACACGAGCCCCACUCUCAACUCCCUCCUCACCACUCCCAUCGGUUCUCGCAGAAACUCUUCCACUGUGAUGCGCACUGAUGCAGAGAAGAGAUCUUUAGUGGAGAGCGGCCUGUCCUGGGACUCUGAUGACAACAAACCCGGCUGUAAGAGCCAAGGCGGCAGCGCCUAUGAUACCGGGAGUCUGAAGUCUGAAUCUGACAAAAAGUGGAAAGCAGGCAAGGGAGAGCUGAAGAAACCGCAGGCUCUGGGUCAGGGGAAUGGGCUGAAGAAAGGAAGAAACCCACCUGUGGGAGUCACGUCUCCAAUCACGCACACUUCUCAGAGUGGGCUGAAAGUGGCUGGCACCGUGAAGUCAGAUGGGAAACCCAUGGACAAGUCUCGGUUAGCGGUGAAGAACUCGGGCCUUCAGCGCUCCUCCUCCGAUGCAGGUAAAGACAAUCGAAAUGGCACUGGAGCUGGUGAGCAGCGAAAACCUCCAUCGGGAUUGGUCAGGCCUUCAGCUGGUGGGAAUUUUGGCUUCAAGAAACCUCACACGACUUCCAGCAAUGGUGCAAACAUUUCCAGUCCACCUGCUGCAACAAGUACAGUCAUCAGCUCCAUCCCCAGCAGCUCGGUGGCUGUGGGGAAGAUUCCAAAAACAUCUGGCAUUCCUGUUAAGCCAUGUGCAAGUGCAGGAGGACGCAAGACAAGUCUGGAUGUCUCAAACGGCGACCAAAGCGGGUUUCUGUCUCCAAACGCCAGGACGUCCCUCCAGUACCGCUCACUGCCCCGUCCAGCAAAGACGAGCACCCUGACUCUGACCCGACCAAGCUCAGCUCGUCCAAUGAGCACCACCGUGGACUCGGGAUCUGCUCUGAACAAAUCUUCCACUACAACUCAACAGGGAUCCAGGCUCAAAGAGCCCUCCUCGGGUCUUGGUUCAAGUAAGGCAGGGGGGCGUGGGAUCCCUAGUCCUGGUCCUGUCAAUCAAACAGACAGAGAGAAGGAGAAAGAGAGAGCCAAGGCUAAAGCUGUAGUGUCUGACUCGGAGUGUGGAGGUGGGUUUUUGAAGGCUAGUUCUGCUCAGGCCCCCUCUGAAAAUGGAGAAAAGCUUCACGGGCUGAGACCACCCAGUUUUGGUAAGAGCUUGGAUCUGACCUCAUCCAGCACACAGAGGUUGUCUGGGGUCCGCAGCUUGGCCAAACCUCCUUCCAUGGCCCAAUUGGACAAGCUGAACUCCAACAGCUUUGAUGUCGAGGUUUACGAGGAACUACCUCCAAAGAUUCCUCCCUACUCCAAGCUCCAAGAACUUUGUAGCUCAUCAGGAAACUCCUGCCUUACUCCGAGCCUGGCACCUUUACUCAACGUGAACUCCUCUGCCUGCUUUUCCAGCCCUAGCGUCGGACUGGGACCCAGGCAGGUCACUUCCCUCGGGGUUGAAAGGAGCGAAGGGAGCACCUCACCCCUUCUUUACCCACGCAUGACUGGGUUACAUCGCAGUCUGGAGUCACUGCCAUUACAGAUGAGUCUGGCCCCAGAGCCCAAGGAAACGGACAAGGACAGGGGAAGGGAGACUCUGGUGAGAGGGUACACCACAUUAGAGUCCAAAGACAAACAGCAGGACAGAGGUCCUCCAUCCAGCUGGAGCUCUGGAAGUAAAGUCUCAUUGACUCUCACAGACAGUCCUCAGAGAGACAGAAACACACUGCCAAAGAAAGGUUUAAGUUUCAACGGUGCUUCUCAAGCUGAGGAGGAAGGGAAGGAGAAAGGAGAGAGGAGACACUCUCACACGGUUCUCAGCAUGACCGACUCUCUCACCCUCCCACUGCUGGCCUCACCCACCUCUCUGCCUCGCACCUCCAAGACUGCUAUGGUCCCGAGCCCUGUUGGCGGGCCUACCAGGAUGACUCGGUCCAACAGCAUCCCAACACAUGAUGCCUCCAUGGAACUGUAUGGGGCGUCGCCACUCGGCAGCACCUUAUCAUUGGCUGAUCGCCCACGCAGCAUGGGGAUGGUUCGGUCUGGGUCCUUCAGGGACCGAGAACCCAACGAUGAAGUUCACGGGUCUGUGCUCUCUCUGGCUUCGAAUGCCUCAUCGAGCUACUCUUCGGUGAGUGUGGGCAGCACGCAGAAACAGGCUGAGGAAAGGAUUCAGGGGGAGCAAAUUCGCAUGUUGAGGAGAGAGCUGGAGUCGUCGCAGGAGAAGGUGUCCAAUCUGACCACUCAGCUGACAGCUAACGCUAAUCUGGUAGCGGCCUUUGAACAGAGCUUGUCCCUGAUGACGGCUCGGCUGCAGAGUCUGUCGAUAAGCCAUGAACAAAAGGACACAGAGCUGGUGGAGCUGCGGGAGACAAUCGAGUCCCUGAAGUCUAAGAACGAAGAAGCUCAAGCUGCCAUCCAUGGAGCCUUAAACAACCCAGAUAACAUGAAAGACCUGCGUAUCCGCCGUCAGAACUCCUGUGAGAGCAUCUCCAGCCUCAACAGUCUGACCAGUUUGUCGAGUCUAGGAAGCUUAAAGGAUCAGGACGCAAAGAAGAAUAAGAAGAAGAAGAGCUGGCUGAGAAGCUCCUUCAACAAGGCCUUCAGCAUUAAAAAAGGCUCCAAAACCUACUCAGACAUUGAGGAAAUUGCCACCCCAGACUCCUCAGCUCCCAACUCACCAAAGAUGGCUCACAAUAGUUCCGAAGCAGGAGAGAACCUCAAAAUGUUGGCAUCCACCUCCUCUUCAAUAAUCGUGGAAACGGCAGAAGAAGGAGACGACAGUGAUACGGCGGUGUCAGAAUUACGCUCGGAACUCUGGGAGAAAGAGAGGAAGCUGACAGACAUUCGGCUGGAGGCCUUAAGUUCUGCUCAUCAGCUGGAGCAGCUCAGAGAAGCCAUGCACAACAUGCAGUCAACCGUGGAGAACCUGAAGGCAGAAAAUGACCACCUAAAAACAGGAAGUCAGCUUCAGCUGCCCGGCUCCGGUAGCUCCGGGCCUACCUCAUCCACAUCCCAGCCUUCGGGCUUGGCCUCCAUCCUGGGCCCCUCACUGAGGGAGCCAAUGAGCAUUUCCCUCACCAAGUCCUUCAGCCUCAGUCUGAAUGAUUGUAAAGAUCCAGAAGUGUAUUCUGUUGACUCACAAAGCAUCUCUCACUGUGAUGAAGUGUGUGCAAAAGUUCUAGUCCAUGUCGGGGAUCAAACUGAGGAGAGUAAACAGAAGCAGAAUUUCUACCUGGGCUCGGUUCCGAUCAGUACGAGGACUGACUGGGCCUCUCUUGACUCUCUCGUUGCUAAAAUGUUCAAAGAUUAUUUAAGUCACGUGGACCCGACCGCCAGCUUGGGUCUGACCCACGAGUCCCUGCUCAUGUAUCAGCUGAGCCACGGAGAGCAGAGGGUGAUGGGAGGGGAGAGACCUCAAAGAUUACCUCAUCAGUGUCUCAACAAUGGGCCUGCUCAAAUUUAUGUCACCUUAAAAGGUCUGAGAGAAAACAGCGUUGACUCUCUGGUGUUUGAGACUCUAAUUCCGAAGCCCAUGAUGCUGCACUACAUCAGCCUGCUCAUGAAGCACAGGCGUCUGGUUAUGUCUGGACCCAGCGGAACAGGAAAGACGUAUCUGGCCCAGCAUCUGGCCCACUACCUCCUGCAGCGAAGUCGAAUAGACUUGUUGGAUGCUGAGCGAGAGUCGUGUGUUCUGGGUCGCAGCGCUGCUGUCACCUUCAACAUGCACCGCCAGUCACAGAAGGACUUGCAGUUGUACCUGUCAAACUUAGCAAAUCAGAUUGACAGGGAGAGUGGAGGAGAGAUGCCAUUGGUCAUCAUCAUUGAUGACAUCAGUGAUCCAGCAGCCAUCACUGAACUCGUGAACGGAGCGCUCACCUGCAAGUAUCACAAAUGCCCAUACAUCAUUGGUACCACCAAUCAGCCUGUGAAGAUGUCAUCUAAUCACGGGUUGCACCUCAGUUUCAGGAUGGUGACAUUCUCUAAUAAUGUGGAACCUGCCAACGGGUUCCUCCUGAGGUACCUGCACCGUAAAGCCACAGAGACCUACCAGGAGGAGGAGCAUGAUUCAGCUCACCACCAGGCACUUCUCCAUGUUCUUGACUGGAUCCCUCAGCUCUGGUACCAUCUGCACACCUUCCUGGAGAAACACAGUACCUCAGACUUCCUCAUUGGUCCCUGCUUCUUCCUGUCAUGCCCUGUGUCCGUGGAAGAGUUCAGGCAAUGGUUCAUUGACCUGUGGAACCACUCCAUCAUUCCGUACCUGCAGGAGGGAGCCAAAGACGGCAUCAAAGUACAUGGUCACAAAGCAGUAUGGGAGGAUCCAGUGGAGUGGGUGAGAGGGACUCUUCCAUGGCUCAAUGCACAGCAGGACCAGUCCAGGCUCUUCCACCUUCCCCCUCCCAGCACAGGGCUGCCUAGUGAGGAGAAGAAGCUUCCUAAAGACACACCUCCACCCAGCACUCUAGAGUCAGACCCUCUGAUGGCCAUGCUGCUGAAACUCCAAGAGUCGGCCAACUACAUCGAGUCUCCGGAGCGAGAGGGCUGUCUGGAUCCCACUCUGCAGACUAUGCUUUGAGAUGACCGCCUACAAUGAUUAAAAACUACAGACUUCAUGUUAAAGCUCGGCCCCGAUAAGAGUUCAAAAGACUCUGUGCUAAACUUUUUUGUGUGCUCAGUGAGCAGUUUGAAAGUUAAAGAAGGAUUCUGGGUUCAGAGAUAGCUCUGGCCUGAUUCCCACCAUAGGAAAGACAAGAAAACUGCUUUCAUAAGGAGCUGUGAUGAUCAUGUUGAGGAAAGACGUGGACUUGGACGUGGUCCUUCUUCGUGCCUCAGUUUGGCCCACAUGGGUUGAUGUUUAAUCUGCAAGUGCAUGGUGACUGGAAUGGAAUGAUGCAAAAUAUUACCUAUAGUGUUGCUCAUCCAGACUUAUUUUAUUUCUGUUCGGCUGCCACAAACUUAACAGCUUCUGCCGCUCGCUGGUUUUUAUUUCCAUCAUUUCUGGAGUUCAUGAAACCUGUGACAGACUGCCCCCCCCCCCCCC